UUCCUGCAUUCAGCCAUUAUAUUUAAUCGGGAAUGGUGUCAGCAUUUAGCCGGUUCGAGUUGUGAAUUUUCGUGAUUUAGCUUCUGAAUUUGACUGGAAAAUACCACUCAAUCUUGUGCCUUGCCACAGGAAAAUUCCCUUCACUAUGAAGGCCUUACGUGUUGGGCUACCACUGGUGCUGCUUGCGCUCGGCUUUCUCCGGGAGAUAGCCAGCGUUGAUCGGAAUAAUUUCAAGUCCUGUGAACAAAGCAGUUUUUGCAGACGUCUUCGCCGAACAGAACCAGAUGUGAGCAAAUUCGAGAUUCUCCCGGGAACGCUUCAGACAUAUAAGCAGUAUAUUCUGCUAGAUUUGCAGCAUUCGGAGACGAAGCAUCUUUACGUUUUGAAAUUGAGUGCUGUUCGCGGUGGAAUUUUCCAUUUUCAAGUGGAUGAGAAAAGUCCACUGAGCGAGCGGUAUCGUGUUGUAGAUGCAUUAGCCGGGGAGCCGGAAUAUGUUCCCAUUAAAGUUCAAAGCAGUUCUGCAUCGGCAAUUACUGUUUCGACGGAGGAUGGCACAAGCAAAGCUGUGGUAAACGUUUCACCAUUCCGGAUUGACUUCUACAAGGAUGCACUUCUGGUCGUUUCUGCUAACUCUAAAGGCUUGAUGAGAUUCGAGCAUUUGAGGAGGAAGGAAACCAGUUCUGCUCCGGCUGAAAAUGAAGAACAGGAAGCGCAGGAAAACGAAAACCAGGAAGUGGCAAAGGAUCCAGGCACAUGGGAAGAAAAUUUCAAGAGUCAUCAUGACUCGAAACCCAAAGGUCCAGAAGCGCUUUCGAUGGAUUUCAGUUUUCCCCAGGGAAAGGUUCUCUACGGCAUUCCGGAGCACGCUGAUUCAUUUGUACUGAAGCAAACUGUAAGCGGAAAGGGCGAUCCGUAUCGGUUGUAUAACCUGGACGUUUUCGAAUACGAACUGGAUAAUGGAAUGGCGUUGUAUGGGGCUGUUCCGGUUAUCUAUGGAACUGGUCCUAGUGCAACUGCUGGUGUUUUCUGGCAGAAUGCAGCUGAAACAUGGGUUGAUAUUUUCGCCCCCGAUCAGGAGACAAACGUGAUGUCUUCGAUUGUUAAUUUUGUAUCCAGAUCCAGUCAAGACGAUCCUCCGGCCGCAAACUUCAUUUCGGAGAGCGGAAUCAUCGAUGUGUUUGUGUUCGCCGAGCCAUCACCUCUUGAUGCGUUUCGGCAUUACACUGAUCUCACCGGAAAGGCACCUCUGCCUCAGUUGUAUGCUAUUGCCUAUCACCAAUGUCGCUGGAAUUAUAACGACGAACAGGAUGUCACGUCCGUUUCUGCUAAAUUCGAUGAACACGACAUUCCGAUGGACACAAUGUGGCUGGACAUUGAGUAUACUGAUAGUAAGAAGUACUUCACAUGGGAUCAUCACAAAUUUCCUCAUCCACUCGAAAUGAUCCGCAAUUUAACGGAGCAUGGUCGUCAUCUCACCAUUAUCAUAGAUCCACAUAUUAAACGUGAUGGAAACUACUUCUUCCACAAUGAUUGCACCGAUCGCGGCUAUUACGUUAAGAAUAAAGACGGAAACGAUUACGAGGGUUGGUGCUGGCCGGGAGCUGCUAGUUAUGCUGAUUUCUUCAACCCUGAAGUGCGGAAAUACUAUGCCGAUCAGUACUUGCUGGAAAAUUUUAAGGAGUCUACCAAAGAGGUCGGCAUUUGGAACGAUAUGAAUGAGCCUUCGGUAUUUAAUGGACCUGAAAUUACUAUGCUGAAGGACAACAUUCAUUACGGAGGAUGGGAGCAUCGCGAUGUACACAAUUUGUAUGGUCAUAUGCACAUUUUGUCUACAUACGAGGGAUUGGUGCGAAGAGGUGAAGGAAAUCUACGUCCAUUCAUUUUGACCCGAUCACAUUUCGCCGGAAGCCAACGAUAUGCAGCAGUUUGGACCGGGGAUAAUAUGGCCGAUUGGGGUCAUAUGCAGGCGUCGAUCAAAAUGUGCCUCUCGCUGUCGGUAGCUGGAAUCAGCUUUUGUGGUGCUGAUGUUGGAGGAUUCUUUGGCAAUCCUGACUCGGAACUUUUCUACCGCUGGUAUCAAAUAGGUGCCUUCCAACCGUUCUUCCGGUCCCAUGCUCACAUUGACACCAAGCGUCGGGAACCGUGGCUCUAUCCCGAAGACGUUAAGUUGAUCAUUCGAGAUGCCAUCCGCAAGCGUUACCGUUUGCUGCCUCUGUGGUACACAAUGUUCUAUGAACAUGAGCGUUCCGGAUUGCCAAUCAUGCGUCCAAUGUUGGCUCAAUACCCUAGUGAUGUGAAGAGUUACGCUCUCGACACCCAAUUUAUGCUUUCCGAUAAGUUACUUGUUGCUCCAGUGCUGAAGACUGGUCAAACGAAAGUUGAUGUUUAUUUCCCAACAAAUAAAAACGGCGAGUCCGACUAUUGGUACGAUGCAGAUGAUAACAGCAAACAUGCUUCAGCUGGGUACCACUCAGUAUCGGUUGACUCGUAUAAGGUGCCAGUAUAUCAGCGUGGUGGCACAAUUGUACCGCAUAAGGAUCGCAUCAGACGAGCGGCUACUCUGAUGAAGGAUGAUCCUUACACGUUAGUUGUUGCGCUAGAUAAAGACGGACACUCCAAAGGAACGCUGUAUAUUGACGAUGAGACAAGCUUUGAGUAUCGCCAUGGAAAAUAUAUGUACAUCGAACUGGAGUUUAAGAACAACGUUCUCAGCAGCAAGAAAAUUGAUGAAACGGCCAGCUAUGCAACGAAGACCUGGCUAGAAAGAGUCAUACUUGUGGGUCUGUCCAAACAACCAAAGUCAGCAACUUUGUAUUUGUUACAUGGCGAAUCAACGGAACUGAAUGUUUAUGCGGAAAAUAAUGCAUUCAUCGUUCGUAAACCAGGUGUUUCAAUGGUUGACAGUUGGUCACUGAAGUUGAACUACUGAGCACAUAAAUUUCUAGCUGAAUUAUCUGUUUUAAUAUUGAUUCCGACUGAACACAUUCCAUCGCAUAGAAGAACCUGAUGGAACAUUGUGACACUAGUUUUUUAUUUUUGAAAUAUGAUAAUGUAAUUCAAACUCAAACUCUUCACAGAUGUAGACUAAAUAAUUGAAAAAUAAAGCAUCAUAUUUCAUCUAGUAGAAA